AUGGGUUCAACUUCCGUCUCCUGGGAGGUUACCUCGCUCGAAGUUCAGACCACCACGCCCAGCGCUACAAGUGAUGGUCUUUACGCCAAUGGCAACAUGCAAGUUCCUGUGGUUGUUGUUAUCAAGACUAUUGAUCCAGAUACAAACACUUCCUAUCAAUUGAGUGAAUCGGACCUCGAGACAAUCAAACUCAUCGACUAUGACGACCCUCCCACGGAACUUUCGGGAUCGUGGAGCUAUUCUACCACAGAAAACGAGUUCGACCACUCGCUGCCAUCAUCCAAAAAGGCCCUCCAGCCUGACCUAUCUCUAACAGAUGGGGGUUCCCAAAAGAAGCGCUACUGGGUUACGACAACAAAGGUGGAGAACAAGAGAGUCGCCGCGAGCAUCAAACAGCCCAAUGGGACUGUUGUCCAUACCGCGGGUGACCCCUAUGAUUCCAAAGCUACACUUACGGGCACGGACGUAGUGACGUACAAAUUGGAUGAUAUCAAUCUUCGAAAAGGCGAUACUACAUCCGGCACUGGCGAAACCGUGGCUUCGCAGAAAUGGUCUAGUACAAACUAUUAUCUUACCACCAAUAAAUACCCACUCCGAAAAGCAGAUGUCAAUGGCGAUAAUUUGCGCACGGAUCAGGGCGUGGAGAAUUCUUACCUGGAAAACGCCAUGGCUUGCUUCUUCUCCGCCAGCAAUGAAUUCGAUAUUUUCUACUAUUGGCCGAUGGGCCCAGAAGAAACACGAAGGGUGGGGGGCGCUUCUGGGGCUCCUAUUGAGAUCACCGUGAAUGAGGAAAGCAACGCCCUAUGCUUUACUCAUAUGCAUCUUCAGAAUUAUGACUUUGAUUGGACUUUUGGUUUUCUUUUUUAUUACCGAUUUAUUUUCUAUGACCAAUUCGGAAACCCUGGCACUUUUUGGGUGGGCUAUAAUGAUAGCCACACUACUCUGGAAAUCUUGGACCACAAGUAUACCGCUGACGAUUAUGGACAUGAUGCAUGA